GAUCAAUGAGCACUCAGUCAGUGAAAUGUUUCGAAUUUUUUGUCUACUCGAAUGAUGCUCCUUCAUCUCGCAAGAUGACCCGGGUCUUCCCGGGCCAGAAGGUGGCCAUAGAUUCGUUGGGUGAAUAAUCACGCAGACGGGUCGGAUCGUGUCUUCGUUUCACGGCCACCUUACAUCGGUCCUCCACGCGAGUGGUGCGCGAACUACAUAUCUCACUAUCAUCGGCACAAAAUAUCAUCGCUAUGGCGGUGGAAGUCGUCACCACGGUGACAGAUCCGAAGAACGAUGUUCUACAGUACUGGCCUCAGCUUCGAUAUGAGCAUUUGGUGGCGGGAGUCGCCGGCGGAGUCCUGAGCACCCUGGUGGUUCAUCCGUUCGAUUUGCUCAAGAUUCGACUGAGUGUCAACGACGGCAAAGAAGGUCGACCGCUCUACAGGAGUCUACGACACGCAGCUCACUCGAUAUGGAGCUCAGAAGGACUCCGAGGACUGUAUCAGGGGGUGACCCCAAACUGCAUCGGCAGCGGUUGCGCUUGGGGAUUGUACUUUGUGUUCUACAACGCCACGAAGACUUUCAUGAACGGUGGUGACCAGAGCGUUCAUUUGGGACCCGCCAAGCACAUGCAGGCCGCGAUACAGUCGGGGGUCCUGACGCUCCUGUGUACGAAUCCCAUCUUCGUUGUGAAAACUCGAAUGUGUCUCCGCUACGAAGGCGGCGCCAGCGGCGGAGUCGGUAACGUGGAAUACGGCAGCGUUCUCCGGGCCAUUAGCACGAUCUACAGGAGAGAGGGCUUGCUCGGAUUCUACAAGGGUCUCGUUCCCGGGCUUUUCGGAACUACUCACGGCGCUGUUCAAUUCAUGAUCUACGAGGAACUGAAAAAAAUCCUCAACAAAAAGCUGUCGACGGCAGAGUUUCUAUUGACCUCAUCCAGUUCGAAAGUGGCCGCGGUCAUCUGCACUUAUCCGUAUCAAGUGGUUCGGUCUCGCAUGCAAGACCAACACCGGUCUUACGCCGGUACGAUGGACGUGAUCCGUCAAACUUUGCGUCACGAGGGGAUCACCGGAUUUUACAAAGGCAUCUCGGCCAAUAUUCUGAGGGUCACACCGGCGUCGGCAGUCACGUUUCUAGUUUAUGAGAAUGUUGUUGCUGCUCUAGGCGGCUCUACCUGAAGCCCGGAAGCGAAUGUAUGUAGCUCGGAUCCUGCAGGGAACAUUCAAGCAGGCGACGAUACGGUCAUUGUUGUGAAUAUUCCAAAGCCAAACAUUUCGCAUAGAUGUUGAACAAAUA